AUGUAUAUUCAAACUCAGUUUGCGUCUCUUCUCCUUCUCGCGGGCACAAGCCUCGCAAGCCAAGUGAGGAAAUACAAUUUUACAAUCACUAGCCAAUGGAGUAGUGGUGAUGGGCAUGGCCGCCCUGUGUUCAUGAUCAAUGGCCAAAGUCCGGGUCCAUUGAUCGAGGCGGACGAGGGAGACGAGAUAGAAGUUUUUGUCGACAACCAGUUGGCCGCUGAAACCACCAUGCACUGGCAUGGCAUAUACCAGAUAGACAGACCUUGGAACGAUGGAGUGCCUGGAGUAACGCAAUACUCGAUGCAGCCACGCGACACUUACACCUAUCGUUUCACCGUGCAGCAGCAGUACGGAAGCUACUUUUACCAUGGUCACUUCGGCCCUGCCUUUGCUGAUGGCAUGCGAGGACCAAUGUGGAUUGCCCCUGCAGCAUGGCGACCACGUCCGUACGAGCUGAUCUCAGACUCGAGCCAUGAUGUUGAACAAAUGAAGAAGGCAGAGAAGCACCCGUUCCACGUCGUCAUUAGUGAUUGGAACGCUGAGCCCAUGGAUAUUCUUCUCGUCAUGUAUCGUGACACGGGGAUAGUACCAUGGUGCAGCAACUCCAUUGUACUGAAUGGCAAAGGCAGGACAUACUGUCAUUCUGCAGAACUCAUUGAAUCGGUUGGAGGUCCUGGGAGGAAUACUCUGGGCUGCUUAAUGCAACCUGACCAGGAAUUAUACUCCAACGAGCAAGUCUGCGAGGCCACUCAGACAGAUCUCGAGAUAUUUCAAGCUGAAGAGGGCCAUGAAUGGAUCUGGAUCAACUUCAUUCAUUCUGGUGCACACCACGAACUUCAAAUCAGUGUAGACGAGCACGAGAUUGUGGUGGUCGCCGCAGAUGGAGAGUUUACCUACCCUCAACGAGUUCAUGCUGCGAAUUGCAACCUUGGAGAGCGCAUCAGCAUUCUUGUUCACUUGAAUCAGAAACCUGGCGACUAUGCUAUCAGAGUGACGUCUCUUCGCCAAGAACAAGUCAUUCAAGGUCUGGGAAUUCUGCGUUACCCCGGCAGUUCGCAUGGGGCGCAAGAAGCUGAACCGCCGGCCACAAAACCAUGGGUUCAUCUCAAUGGCACUCUCAUUUCCGACAAACUCCAACAAAUGGACGAAAUGAAGCUCGCGCCCUUCCCUAGCCGACCUCCGCCGCCUCAAUCCGAUCACACGUUGAAGUUCUUUGUGAACAUGACCGGCACGGGUAGCUGGGCCCUCAACAUUGGCCCGCACCAAGCCUUCCGCCAACAGUUGCCGCCUCUCCUAUGGGAAGAGGACUCCCGCGGCGUGACCACGUACGAGUCCGACGUGCAGGGCGGAUCCAUGCAGAACGGAUCCGUCGUCGACAUCAUCUUCACCAACGGUGCCAAUGUCAACUCGCAGCACCCGUUCCACAAGCACAACAACAAGGCUUGGGUUAUUGGCACGGGCACCGGUGGCUUCCCCUGGGACACCGUCGACGAGGCGAUACAGCAGGGCGGCAUGGCGGAUUCCUUCAACUUUGUCGAUCCUCCGAUCCGUGAUGGGUGCAGAUUGGGCAAUACUACCGGCGAUUGGACCGUCAUUCGCUAUGAUAUUGCCUUUCCUGCAGCCAGCAUGCUGCAUUGUCACAUGAUUCACCACUUUGGUGCUGGACAACAAGUCGUUUUACUGGAAGGUGUAGAGUCAAUGGCCAAGAUCCCAGCGGAGAUGAAAGAUCGAGUGCACUCAAAUUUCCGCCCACCACUCCGAUAUGGACCCCUCGACUAG